AACUGUCUUCUUUUCAGACUCGCUUACUUGCAGAGUCUCCCCGUGAACUUCUUCUCUGACUGCUCUCUCUAUCUGUGACAAUUUCCUCUUUUGGAUUACAUUGCCUCCAAAGUCUCCAAACUCUCAAAUUCAAACCCCACAACCUCAUUUUCUCUGCGAGUACGCCAUUUCUGUUAAUUUCUUGUUUGUUUCUCCGAGAAAAAAGUUAUUCAGGAAAAAGAAAAAUCAAAACUUGGAAAGUGUACAGUCUAUUCAUUUGCUAAUUUUCUUGGCAACAGAAAAAACUACAAUCCCAUUUUAUUAAAUCUGUAAUUUGUGUGUAUGUCAUGUUCCUUCUUGAUUUAUUCUUCUCUUUGUUCUUCCUUCCUUCCUUUAUUUUUUUAUUUAUUAAUUUUUGUUUUAAUUUUGACUUUCUUUCUCUGUAUCAUUUGUCUAGAAAGUUUUUUCAAGCCCUUAAAAUGAUAGCAGAACUGGUCAUCUAUGCUGUUCAAUUUCCCAUUUUUUGUUACUUUUCAAGGUACCAAACUCUGAAUUUUUAGUUCCUUCUUAAACUAUAUCUGAUUCAUAGUCUUUGUUUUCUGCUUGAUUAUGUCAUGGAGCCCUUCAAAUUCCUGCAUUUAGAUCAGUUUUUUCCUAAUGAUUGUUGAAGUGUGAUUCAUUAGCCUUGAAUUUUUCUCAGUGAUUACCAAACCCUUGACUGAUUUUCCUUGUAUUAAAUUUUUAUUAAUUUCUUUAUAUGCACUAUUCUCAGUUCUGAAUAUCUUGAUAUUCACAUUUCCUUCUCCCUUUCUUUCCCUCACAAUUUGCAAACUUGAAGUUUGGUGGCUUUAAUAUUUCUGAUUAUUUGAUGGCUUUAUGAGCUUCUUCUUUUUGUUGCAUAGCUAAGCAUAUCAAGUAUGCUUAAACAGUACAAAUUCUUCCAUAUUUCAUCUCUUCUGCUAUUUGUCUCUACUUGGUUCUUUCUGUUUCAUGUUGUCCUUUCAACAAUUCCUUUAGGUUCAAAACUUUCUGUAGAGGAAAACAACUCUUGGGUUUCUCCCAAUGGUGAUUUUUCUAUUGGAUUCUUUAACCUGGCUGAUGAGCCUAAUCAUUAUAGUGUCGGGAUUCACUUCAAUUCAGAAUCCAUUCUUGUUAGUGAACAAAUUGUGGUUUGGGUUGCUGGAGCCGAAAUCGCAGUUGGUAACAAGUCCUAUUUCCAGCUUUCUCAAACUGGGGAACUGGUUUUGGUUGAUUCUAUGAAGGGAGUCACUGUGUGGACCAGUGAGACAAGCCAAUCUGCUGUUGUUUCAGCUCGUCUUUGUGAUGAUGGAAAUCUUGUUCUACUGGAUAAAAUGGGGGCAGUUGUUUGGCAAAGCUUUGACAAUCCUUGUGACACUCUUCUUCCGGGCCAGAAAUUGUCUGUUCAUAAAACACUCAGAGCUGCAAGCAAAAAUUCUGUGUCAAGUUACUACAGUCUUUACAUGAAUGCUUCAGGACAGUUGCAGCUAAAGUGGGAAAGUAAUGUUGUAUACUGGACCGGUGGUAGUCCAUCUGUGUCCAACCUCAGUGCUGUGCUUACUUCUGGUGGAAUUCUGCAACUUGUGGACCAAAAUUUGGUGCCCAUGUGGUCUGUCUUUGGAGAAGAUCACAAUGACAGGGUAAAUUUUCGACUGCUAAGGCUAGAUGUUGAUGGUAAUCUGCGGAUGUACUCGUGGGAAGAUGCCUCGAAGUCAUGGAAAUCAGUCUGGCAAGCUGUUGAGAAUCAGUGCAAUGUAUUUGCAACAUGUGGCCAACAUGGCAUCUGCAUUUUCAAUGCAUCAGGCUCCCCUGAAUGCCAAUGCCCUUUUAAGAUGACAUCUGAUCCUAACUCAAAAUGUUUUGAGCAGGAUUGUACAUCUGCUUUCAGUAUGAUUAGAUAUGAGCACACGUUUCUUUAUCAGAUUUAUCCACCAAGUGACUCUAUUAUUGUAACUAGUUUAGAACAAUGCAAAAACUUGUGCAUGAAAAACUCGGUAUGUACAGCUGCAACCUUCACAAAUGAUGGAACUGGAGAAUGCCGAAUGAAAACAACCGUAGACUUCUCUGGGUAUUCCAGCCCUUCUUUAAGUCCGGUAUCUUUCGUUAAGACCUGUUUGGACCCGGUAGCUGUUGAUCUCCAUGUUGCAAGAUCUUCUUCAGCACAAUCUCCAGCCAAGCACUCUUAUAGAUUGUGUAUUCCUUGUCUAGUUGGAGCUGCCUCAGGUACAUUUGUUAUAUUUGCUGUAAUGCAGUUAGCACUUGGCUGCUACAUCUAUAAAAGAAGAAAUUUGGUUUGGAAGAAACCGGCCUUGGCUUAUGCUGGCAGUUAUUCAAAGGGUUUGAUGAUGUUAUCAUUUGCUGAAAUCAAGGAAAUCACAGGAAAUUUCAAGCAUCAAAUUGGGCCAAAUAUGUAUAGAGGUGUGCUUCCAAAUCACCAGCCAGUAGCAGUUAAGGACUUGGAAACAACCAUAGAAGAAAGGAAAUUUCGAGUUGCUAUUUCAAAAAUAGGAAGCAUACAUCACAGAAACUUGGUGAAGCUUAAUGGCUAUUGUUGUGAGUUAGGCCAAAGAAUUUUGGUCUAUGAAUAUGUCAAAAAUGGUUCUCUGGAGAAAUUUAUAGAAGAUGAGGAGUUGAGCAAGAAACUGACUUGGAGAAGGAGAGUUGACAUAUUCUUAGGUGUGGCAAGAGCUAUUUGUUAUUUACACACAGGAUGUAGGGAGUUUGUAACCCAUGGAAAUUUGAAGUGUGAAAAUGUAGUCUUGGAUAAAAAUUUCGAGGCCAAGGUGAGCGAAUUCGGACUAGGGAUUGUUCAUCCUGAGACAUCACGAAGUCGAGAGAAAGACGUGGAGGAUUUGGGCAAGAUAUUGUUGAUAUUGGUAACUGGGUGCCUUCAGGUUGAGGAGGUUUGUGAGAGGGCUUACAUGGAAUGGAUGCAAGGUCACCUAGAGAUGACUGUGGAUAGUAGAAUUGAUGAUGGUAUUGAUUUAGAGGAGUUGGAACGAACGUUAAGAACUGCGUUUUGGUGCCUUCAAACAGAUGAACGAAUGAGACCUUCAGCGUGCGAGGUAGUGAAGGUACUGGACGGUACAUUGACAGUUGAUCCCCCGCCGCCUCCAUUUGCUAGCCGGAGGUUACCAGCAGAAGAACAGUCAUUUGAGUCAGGCUCAGAACCAUAGUCCAACUGAUCAUGGCAUCAUUUUUGAGAAAGGCAUGCCAUUUUUUAACCAGGUGGGCUCAUGGGCAUGAUUCUAUAGAGUAAUAUCAGACGAAAGUGCCAACUAAAGUGAAAUGUUCACCUUCCUCUGCAUUCUGGGUUUGGAUGUUUGUUGCAGAAAUUUAUAAUGGGUGUGUUGGCCAAGCCAAAUUUGCUUUCUUCUUACUCUUUUAUCCAGUAAAAACAUGAAGUUUUGACUUGCCUUCUUCAAUAAUUUUUUAUUGUUUCUAUCUAUCA